AUGGCAGCUGCUCUUUCACUUGUCAUGUCCCAAACGUUUCACGGUCUAUGUACGUUUCACAUAAGGCGUAAUUUUAUGAAACAUCUUGGCAAUCACUAUAAGGAAAAUAGUGACCUUCCAUACAUGUUUGAUGCCUGCAUGUAUGAGAUUGAAGAAGUGGAACAAUUCAAUAGGGUGUGGGAGGCGAUGGUGAAGAAAUACAAUCUUGAAAAUAAUGAAUGGCUUUUCGGACUGUACCGAAUUCGUGAUAAAUGGGCAAGGUGCAUGAUGAAAGAAAGAUGGACCGUGGGAAUACGAAACACCCGACUUAGCGAAAGCCUAAAUGUAGCAAUUAAAAAUCAUUUGAAACUGGAUCACGACCUUGUACAGUUCUUUAGACAUUUCAAUCAGGUAGUUGAUGAAAAGAGACAUAAUAAACUCAUCGCAGAAUAUGAAAUGAGGCAAAAGCUCCCCAUGGUAGGGUUGAGGCAAACACCUAUGCUUGUGCAUGCAUCAGAGACCUAUGGUUAUAUUGAGAUAACAAGGCGCAGGGAUGUUUGUGAGUUUGCGGUCAUGAGGUAUGAUGGAGGACCUGAAAGAAUAGUGGUAUUCAAUCGGAAUGAUCUAAGUGUAUGCUGUAGUUGCAAAAAAUACGAGAAUGAAGGAAUUUUGUGUGGGCACGCGUUGAAGGUGUUUGAUAUUGUGGGCAUAAAAACAAUUCCUCCUGAAUACGUUAAGAGACGAUGGACAAAAAGAGCUCGGGCAGGAGACUGUUUUGAUCGGUGA